AUGCAUGUAAGCCGUGUUAUCAUUUUCCGAUUCGAAGGUAAACAGAUCUCUUACCAUACCCGUUUUAUAGCCAAAAAAAGAAAAGCAGGAGCGAAGGAUGAUUACGAGACUAAGGCUGCAAAGGCUAGAGGAAAAAAGAAGAAGUUGGAAGACAGCAAGAAACGAGCAGAACAAGACGUUGUUUGUUCCUCUUGCGGUAAAGCAGGCCAUAGUAGAUCAUCUUCACCACUAUGCUUGAACUACAAGCCCCCAAAGGAUGUCUUGCUCCGCCAGCUGUUCGAAGAUGGUCAUGAAGUCUACAGCAUGAAACUGCUUCUAACCACACUGAUAAGACCAGCGUUUGCUCAAGUCGCUACAGAAAACAUCAUCAAAUGA